AUGCAACCACAUGAUCUGCAGUGUUUGCGGUCGCCACUUCUGCUACAUCUGUGGACAAGACUGGGCACUGCACAAAGGGCAACCAGGAGGCUUCGACUACUACCAGUGCCGUCUUCCAGCAUCUGCGGCAGAAGGAAGUGCAGGCCAGUGAAGCACGGUACCUGUGACGAUCUUGACCUUUGUCAGGUGGAAGUUGCAGAGGGAGUGCUUACCAGGCGUGCUCCCGUGCGACAAUGA